AUGAAAGUCGCCAAACUAAAAAGACAGGCAAAAUCUGAAGUGAAAGAAGACACAAUGAAUUCGACGUUUUCAAAUAUUGUGUCAAUAUUAUUAUUUCUGUUGUUCGUAUCAGCGUUCUACUUGGUGAUAUCGUAUACGCCGAUGACGAAAGAGGAACAUAUAAAGAAGAUAAAUAAGUUGAAUGAAGAAGUGGAACCCUUCAGGAAGAACUUGACGGAAUGCGCUCGUCAGGUUAAAGCCUCCAUGGUGGAUGUGGAAAACUUCCUGAAAAGAAUACCUCAAUCAACCAUGCAGGGGAAAUGCUUCGUCGCCUGCAUUUUGAAAAGAAAUGCCAUAUUACAGAACAAUAAGAUCCAAGUGAAAAACCUUCUAGAGGUAAAUAAAGCGUUUUAUGCCGAAGACAGUGAGGUUAUGAAGAGAUUGCAGAUGGCUGUAGAUGACUGUUCGAGCACUGUUGAAGGCAUAUUUGAGGUGUGCGAAUACGCGUCAACGUUCAAUGAUUGUAUGCAUAUGCAGAUGGAACAUAUUUUGGAUAAAGUAACGAUGGAAAGGAGGAUGGAAGCGCUGGGCCAAAUGUCAAGUAACCCUGAUGAGUGGAGCGAGGAAGAUGACGAAAUGUUGAAGCUAGUUAAAGACGAAUUGUAGUUGAGAUACUUUGCUGAUCGAUAGUUUGA